AUGCCGACGUAUAAUUUCAAGUCGAUGAAGGUGGUGCCGUCCGCGAAGGACCUGAUCGACAUCGUCCUGAGCAAGACGCAGCGGCAGACGCCGACGGUGAACCACGCGGGGUGGCACAUCUCGCGCAUCCGUCAGUUUUACAUGCGCAAGGUGAAAUUCACCCAGCAGAGCUGGAACGAGCGCCUGAGCCGCGUGAUCGAGGACUUCCCCAAGGUCGACGAGAUCCACCCGUUCUACGCGGACCUCGUGAACGUCCUGUACGACCGCGACCACUACAAGCUGGCCCUCGGGCAGGUGGCGCUGGCGCGGCAGCUCAUCGACAAGCUCGCGCAGGACUACGUGCGGCUGCUCAAGUACGGCGACAGCCAGUACCGGUGCAAGCAGCUCAAGCGCGCGGCCCUGGGCCGCAUGUGCACGCUGAUGAAGCGGCAGGGCCCCAGCCUGGCGUACCUGGAGCAGGUGCGGCAGCACAUGAGCCGCCUGCCCUCCAUCGACCCGAACACGCGCACGCUGCUCGUGUGCGGGUACCCCAACGUCGGGAAGUCGUCGUUCCUCAACCGCAUCACGCGCGCCGACGUCGAGGUCCAACCCUACGCCUUCACGACCAAGAGCCUCUACGUGGGGCACACCGACUACAAGUACCUCCCCUGGCAGGUGAUCGACACGCCGGGCAUCCUGGACCGCCCGCUCGAGGAGCGCAACACCAUUGAGAUGCAGAGCGUCACCGCGCUGGCGCACCUGCGCGCGGCCGUGCUGUACGUCGUCGACGUCAGCGAGCGCUGCGGCUACUCGAUCGCGCAGCAGGCCGCGCUGUUCCACUCGAUCAAGCCCCUGUUCGCCAACAAGCCCGUGCUGGUGGUGUGCAACAAGGUCGAUGCGCGGCCGAUGGACGAGCUCGCGAAGGAGGAGCGCGACACGCUGCUCGAGAUGGCGCGCGAAGCCGCGCGGAUCUCCAACGGUGGUCUCCCCGUCGACGCGGGCGCCGAGGAGGCCGUCCUGGUGCCCAUGUCGACCCUGACGGACACGGGCGUCGUCGACGUCAAGCGCGCCGCGUGCGACCGCCUGCUCGCCUCGCGCGUGGAGACGAAGCUGCGGAGCAAGAAGGCCAGCGACGUCGCGAACCGCGUGCACCUCGCGCUGCCCAACCGCGACGGCGCUCCCCCCCCGGACAGACCCCCCCAGAUCCCUGAGUCGGUUCUGCGCGCGCGCGCGGCCGCCGCGGCGCUCCCGUCGGGCGCGAAGCCCCCGAAGCGCCGCACGGAGCGCGACGAGCAGGAGGAGAGCGGGGGCGCGGGGGUGUACAGCCAGGACUGGCGGAAGCUGUACCAGCUGCGCGAGGACGACUGGCGGUGGGACGUCAUCCCGGAGAUCAUGGACGGGAAGAACAUCGCGGACUACGUGGACCCGGACAUCGACGCGAGGCUCGAGGAGCUCGAGCAGGAGGAGGCGCGGCUGGCGGAGGAGUGGGAGGCGGCGGCGGAGAAGGUCCGCGCGGCGGAGGCGGCGAACGCGUUGGGCGAGGAGGAGGCCGAGCUGCUGGACAAGAUCAAGGACCGGAAGAAGCAGCUGACGAUCGAGCACCGGCGGCGGAAGAAGGCGCAGCAGAGCAAGUCGGUGAUGCCGCGCACGGCCGCGGCGGCGGAGGCGACGGGGGAGCGCGUCGGGCGCGGGCGGCGGGAGAUGGAGGCGCGGGGCAUCGACACGGGCAAGGCGGAGGCGCGGAUGCGGAGCCAGAGCCGCGGGCGGAAGAGGACGCGCGACGAGGUGGACGACUUCGACGAGCUGGAGCGGGCGGCGCAGGCGGAGCCGAAGAAGCGCAUGCACUCGAAGCCGUCGCGGUCGCUGUCGCGCGGGCGGAGCUUGUCGCUGGCGGCGCCGCGGAGCGGGUCGGGGCUGAGGGACGACGGCGAGAUGAUGAACAAGGCCAUCCGGCUGGAGGACAAGGCGCAGCGGAAGCUCAACAAGGGCAAGGUGGCCCCGCGGCGGGGCGAGGGCGACCGGUGGAUCUUCACGAAGAUGCCGAAGCACCUCUUCUCCGGCAAGCGGGGCAUCGGGAAGACGGACAGGCGGUAG